AUGACGUCUCAAUUCCGACGUAAUUGUCAUGGAGGUGUAGCCAUGUCCCUGGAAAUGCGUUCACCUCGUGAACUAUUGGCACGAAUUGGUCUCAGUGGGAAGGAAGUGGUAAAAAUUAUUAAAUCGCGGGGAUGGGACAUCGUCGAACCGCAUGGAUUACAGCAGCAGAAAUUAUAUUACAUUCCAGGGGUCAUACAAAAAACAACACAAGGAUAUGAACCACUUCAAAAUAAAGAAUAUUUCGUAGGGGAGGGUGAACUGUACGCUUUUAUUCUUCAAGAGGGAGGAUUACAAUACUUGCUACCAGACGAAGAAUUAUCAGGCGACUCAGACAUGAAAACAUCCCGAUGUAACGAAACAAUUGCAUCGUCCAUCGAAGCUGAUGACGAAAGUGACGUUAAUAGUCACAAAUUACAUUUCGAAUCGUCGGAUCGACGAAAAUGGAAACGACGUAAAAAACUGUCAACGGCAAGAAGUAAAUCAGUUGAUAAUGUGACGAAUACGUCUUUACAUUUGAAAAAAGGACGAAAAAAAGAAGAGAAAAGUGACACAAGUGCAGAGGAUAAAGUAGAAGAUGAGCCAACGGAUCCGAUUCGAAUCUGUAGACGAACUAACGCUGAACUAGCUUUACAUGCGGGAAUUGGACAGCAAAAGGAAUUUAUUACAUAUCAGAAUUCAUUAAACGCACGAGGAUGGAGAGCACAAUUACUACAAGAUAUUGAUGUGCAUUUACUGCGAGCGACUGCUGUAGUAUCUCGUAAUCAACGAGCACGAAAAAGUUGUAUGGAAAAGAAGAAGAAAAGUACUCGAUUAACCCAAGAGAUUGGUCCACACGUUAUAGAUGCUGCUGAGAUGAUAGAGGAAAUAAAUGAAUUGAUGAACAGUAUACGUGCCUUGCAAGACGAUCUGUCGUCGAUAAUUGAAGCGAUGAUUUCGAAUGGAGAGCAACGGAUGAUUCCAGAUCGGAUUGAUGUUGUUGGUCGGAUCGGAAUCCCAGGGUUCGUGUCCACGGGUCGAGACAAUUUAGUGCUGAUGCGGGAUAUUGAGCGCUAUCUUCUUCUCGUUGUUGCUGCUGUGCGUCGAUACCAACAAACGAGGAGAACAAUUUGUACCAGUGACUCGACGAUUUGGUCAUCUCUACCACCUAACCGAGCUGUUAAACGCGAGGAACUACGGGCACUGCAGCUAGGCAUUGAAGAGUCCAAAAGAGAACUGCUCGAGUUGGCAGCCAUGGUCGCCGCGGACGUCACCAUGUCGUGCCAGGAUGCUGCACAGGAUUCUACACUGGAAAACACGACUUCAAACACUUCUCACAAGGUUUUCCAGUCGACUUUGUUGGGGUCGUCUCAGUGUACUUCAAAAACCACGGACUGCGACGCAGAGGUAGACACCGACCACAACAAGUCAUCUAGCCACCAGAAUUUGGCAUCCCCUCGACUUGAGGGAGGUCUGUGGUUUGUAUAA